CUACCACCGCCUCCCAGCUUGUGGAGUUCCCAGCGACCGUCUCACCACAACGACUGUUGCCGUCCCUGUGCUCCCCCAUCGCUACUAGGACACGUGUGCCGCAUCUUUUCCCGCACAAUGGCAACGCAGACGGAACCGACGCCACCUCCGGUCGCUUUGGUGCCCGGCCAGCAGCCCACGCCAGAACAGAUCCAGGCGAUCCAGAAGCACUUUCGCGAGGACGCAGCCCGCAUGGGAAUCUCGUACGAGCAGUAUGUCGAGCGCUUGAAGGCUCAAGCGGCUGCACAGCAUCAGGCGCAGAUGCAAGCCCAGGCUCAGGCGCAAGCACAAGCCCAAGGUCAGCAGCAAGGUGGUGCUCAAGGACAGCAGCAGCCUAUCCAGCCUGGUCCGCCUAAGCCAGAGGCCCUGGCAGUGGCACACUUCCUCAUGUCGCAGGAUCUGAAGAUGAGGACAUGUAUUUUCAACGGAGCCAGAAAAGACAUGUUCAGAGUCAAACGAGCCAUCCGUGCUAUCCAAUCGCCCGCCUACGAAAAGGCCCGCGCAAAGAAUCCCCUCCUACCCCCCGUCACAAACCGCGCCGAGGCCGAAAACGUCUUCAAGCUGCUACCUCUCUCCCUACUCGCUCUGCGUGUUCAGAAAGUCGAUCCUGGAGCCGGUCACGAAGGUCACGGCCACGCUAAGCAAAAACGUGUGAAGGGCUUGUGGACCGUAACGAUUGUGCAGCAGCAGGAUGCCCAGGACGACAUGCACUACAUGUGGCUGUGGGAAGGUCCACAAUGGAAGAAGAAGCUCUAUGCUGUAGGCGCGCUGGCUGCGGUAAUGACGCUUGUCAUGUUCCCGCUGUGGCCAUUGGUUAUGAGGCAGGGCGUCUGGUAUCUGAGUAUGGGCAUGCUAGGACUGCUAGGCUUGUUCUUUGUGAUGGCAAUCUUUCGGUUAAUUCUCUUUACCAUCACAAUGUUCACGCAUCCUCCUGGUCUGUGGCUGUAUCCAAAUCUUUUCGAAGAUGUGGGUUUCUUCGACAGCUUUAGACCCGUAUGGGCGUGGCACGAGGAUCCCAAGGAGAAGCGCAGGCAACGUCGUGAAAAACGUGCCGCAAAGGCGGAGAGAGCGCGACGCAAGGCUGCUGGCCAGGCUCAUUCGCACGGCCAGGCUCACGCAAACGAAAACGGCAAAGCGAUCGACCCGAAAGAAGGAAGUACCGGCGCGGAUACCGGUAACGGCACUGUCCAACAAAGGGCACCGCGGCAGGCAACGGUCGAAGAGAUCGACGAGGAAUAGACGAUGAUUCUAAGCGUGUGGGCAGGUCUUAGCUCGCUUUAUUAACCUUGGAUUGUAGGAGUAUGAAAAUUUGAGCAUAUCAAAACUGCAUCGAGUCGCUUAAAUGGCACGGCAACGGCGCUGGAGUUUAUGAUGCGUUAGGAUAUGGGGAUCGAGGCUUUAGAUGAUCUCCCAACAGUCUGCGCGUGUUUUAUACUUUAUGAAGGUUUUUUGUUUUCCUGGUGAAUGUCUACAUAUGGCAAUCAUUUCCUCGCAAAAAAGAGGAAUUUCACAUCGGAUCUGUCGUGUCCCUUUGCCUUGUGUCUAGGAGUGAAUGUCAGUCAUACUUUGGCCGAGCAGCUGCAACAAUAUUUGCUCUUCUUCUCUGCUCUGCCUCAAAUCGAAAUCCUCAAGCUCGGCAUCUUCAUCAUAUAUAUCUGAGCCCACAUCGGAAUUCAUGUAAUCAGAAUCUUCAACCUCACUAUCGAUGCCCCCAAUGUUGGCGUCGAUUGAAGCAGGCGCAUCCUUGUCUAUUCCUUCGUCUAUUAUCUCCUCUAGUCUAC